AUGGAAUUCUUAUCUAAUUUGGUGGGGAAAGUCAUUGAUUGCUUGGUGAAGCCAGUGGGGCGAGGGAUUGGGUAUUUAUAUUGCUACAACACUAACAUCACAUCUAUGGAAAAUGAAUCUGAGAAGCUGAAGAACAUCAAAAGUGAGGUGCAGGAUAAAGCGGAAGUUGCCCGGAGAAACUUACAACGCAUUUCACUCAAUGGCGAGGUUUAGUUAACUAGUGUUGAUACCACUAUUGCAAAAGUGGAAGAUGUAAUGGGAGGUACAGAUGAGGUUGAAAGGGGUUGCUUUUAUGGUUGCUGUCCAAACUUGGAGUCAUGUUACUCCCUCAGCAAGAGAGCUAAGAAAAUUACAGAGGAAUUAACUAAACUUCAAAAUACUGUAAUCUCCUUUGAUCGUCCAGUUCAAAAUGAGGCUAUAUACAGUAACAAUGGUGAGGAGUUGGACUCCAGAAAAUUGAAAGAGGAAGAGGUCAUGGCAGCUGUGAGAGAUGAAGGGGUCACUAUGAUUGGGAUAUGUGGUAUGGGUGGUGUUGGUAAAACAACACUUGCUGAGAAAAUCAGACUAAAGGAGAAACAACAAGGGUUCUUCAAAGAUGUUGUCAUGGUAACUGUCAGUCAACAACCAGACUGGGAAAAACUUCAGGGUCAGAUCGCAGCAGGACUCGGGCUGACAUUACCAGGGGGUGAUUUGUGGAGUCGUGGAGAUCAGCUGCGUACAAGGUUAAUGGAUCAGAACAGCCACACCCUUAUAAUCUUGGAUGAUGUUUGGGAGGCUCUUCAUGAUCUAGACAAACGUGGAAUUCCCAGUGGUAACAACCACAACCAUCGGUGCAAAGUGAUGUUGACAACACAAUCCCGAAAUGUUUGUGAAGCAAUGGAAGCUCAGAAGAUCAUGGAAGUCAGAACCUUAUCUGAAAAGGAAGCAUGGUUCCUUUUCAGUCAGAAAGUCGGUGAUUUUGGCAACGAUCCUUCUCUGAUUGACAUAGCAAAAGAGGUUGCCAAAGAAUGCAAGGGGCUGCCGCUUGCAGUUAUUGUAGUUGCAGGAGCACUUAAGCAUAAAACCAAGACUUCGUGGGAGGAUGGCCGUAGACAAUUACAUGAUGCAGAACCAAUAAAUAUCCCGGGAGUGCACGAAAAGGUGUAUGAAUCUCUGAGGCUAAGCUAUCGCCACUUGGGCAAGAAUGAAGCAAAGUACCUCUUUUUGCUUUGUUCUUUGUUCCAGGAAGAUAGUGAUAUUCAGACUGAAGAAUUGCUUACAUUUGGAAUGGGGCUUGGCAUCUUUUCGAGUAUUAAAAAUAUACAAGGAGCAAGAAAUAGGGUGUGUCAUCUAUUAGAAAUAUUGAAAGAUUGUUUCUUGUUAUCCCAAGGUUCAGACAAAAAUCAUGUGAAAAUGCAUGAUGUGGUCCGUAAUGUGGCAAUAAGUAUUGCAUCUGAAGGAGAGCAUAACUUUAUGGUAAGUCACGAUGUUAACUCAAAAGAGCUCCCAAGUAGAACUUCUUAUGAGCAUCUUAGUCACAUGUCAAUUAUUGCAUAUAAAUUUGAGGAGCUUCCCAGGCCAAUAUUUUGCCCAAAACUGAAGCUUUUAAUGUUAAAACUCUGUUUUGGAGAGCCAUUCAAACUACAGGAUGAUUUUUUUGAUGAAAUGAGUAACCUUAAUGUCUUAAGCCUGAGUGGAUAUGAUGAAGACUCCAUUCUGAGUUUUCCAGCAUCCAUUCGGAGGUUGUCAAGUCUGAGGACGCUGUGUCUGAGUAAUUUAAGGUUGGAUGACAUAUCCUUUAUUGGGGAACUUGUCGAAUUAAAAAUUCUGAGCAUAAGAGAUUGUGUGUUAAAUGAGCUACCAGAGGAGAUUGGAAAACUGACCAAGCUAAUUAGGUUAGAGUUUUGGAAUGAGAUAAGAGCACUUGGAAGGAUUUCAGGAGGGGUGUUAUCAAAAUUACUAGCUCAAUUGGAGGAACUACAUAUGGUGGGAGUAAAUGAUUUGAGUGAUGUGAUGUACAGUAACCUUGGCCUUCCCUCCAAGUUGACACGGUACACUCUUAAAAUGGGUGGAGUUUACCAUAGGAAGUCAAGCUUUGAUUACAACAAGAGUAUUGGUUUAAAGGUCACAAAGACUGCCCCAUUGGGUGAUUGGAUCUGCUACCUGUUGAAGGAGAGCGAACAUGUAUAUUCAAAGGGAAUGGGCUCUAAUAAUGUGUUGACUGAGUUGCAGCUGAAUGAAUUUCAGAACGUAAAAUGUCUCUCCCUCUAUGAAUGUUAUUUAGUGAAACAUUUAUUGAAGAGGACACAUGAAGUAAUCAAGUUCCCCAAUUUAUAUGAGUUGCAACUUAAAUCUCUGCAUUGCCUGACUCACAUUUGCAGUAACAAUGUUGAGGGCAUUGAGUUCCCUCAGUUACAGAAAAUGCGCUUAAGGGACUUACGUAGGUUCCAAAAUUGGUAUCCUACAGCCAACAACUCCAUCACAGACUCAAAUCCUCUUUUCCAUGAAAAGGUUUCUUGUCCCAACUUGGAAGAGCUACACAUCGUGGGGCCUAGCAGCAUAAGUGCUCUAUGCUCUCACCAACUUCCAACUCCCUACUUCACCAAACUUCAAACAUUGGAUGUAUGGUGUUGUGGAAAAUUGAGAAACUUGAUGUCUCCAUCAGUGGCCAGAGGUCUUUUGAAUCUCCGAGAACUAAGGAUAGGAAAGUGCCAAUCAAUGGAAGAAGUGAUCACAAAAGGAGAAGGAAUCAUAACCUUAUUUCCCCGAUUGGAAGAGUUGGAUCUUACCAAUCUGCCUAUGCUGGGGCAUUUCUUUCUGACGGAGUGUACUCUCGAAUUUCCAUUUCUCAAGGACGUGAUUAUUCAUGGCUGCCCUGAAAUGAAGACGUUUGUCCAACAGGGAAUAUCUGUGAGUACACCGAGUCUUAACUGGGUGAAUUAUGAUAAUAAGGUGAAAGUAGAUGAUCUGAAUAAAUGGAUACAGCAGAGGUUCAAUAACAAGGAACAAAAAGCUAGUGAUGACGACGAAGCUCUUGAUGACAACGAAGCUAGUGAAGAAGACGAAGAAGCUAGUGAUGACGACGAAGCUGAACCUAGUCAUGCCAGAACAUCCAUUCAGAGGUUGUCAAUUUGGAAUAAUUUAUGGUUGGAUGACAUAUCCAUUAUUGGCAAACUUGUCAAUUUGGUAAUUUUCAGCAUCAGAGAUUCUCAGUUAGAGGAGGUGCCAGUGGAGAAAGGAAAAUUGAACCAAUCUAAUUAUGUUCGAGUUUUUGAAUAA